AUAGUGCGAAAAUUUGCUCAGACACGGACAACAUAUACAGUGACGUAUUAAGUCGAGCAAACGAAACGUCACAGCGGUUCAAAUUUGUGUCGGUUUAAAAUCGAAUCUCUGAUGUUAAGAUGUUCUCUAAAAGGCUUAUUAAACUAAUUCAACGAGAGGGCAAACGGCUAACUUGUGUGUGUGUUUUCUGCUGCUUGAUCGUCGUUUUUUGUCUGAUAUUUUGUAUUCAAAAUUUGAAGACAUGUAAUGUCAGAGUGUUAUCCGUUGUCAUUUAUGUAAACGUGUUCAAUUUGAUUACAUGGGCAGGUGAUAUUGGAUUAAAUCCUCUAUCACAAAAUAUGGCGUCACCAUACCGUGAUUAUUACAUUUUGUGAAGAAAUUAAUUUAAAAUGGUUAAUAGUUUAAAUAAUCAGAUGGAGAUAUUUUUGGCUCAUCUAAUGCCCGGUAAAUCAAAGUACUUCAUAGUGGUGCAAAAUGCAAAAGUUUAAAAUCAUUAAAAUGGAAUAUUGCUGUAAAACUGUCGUGCUUAUUGAUUUGCAACAUUGCCCUCAGUGGCCUCAACCAGAGAUGAGGGACCAAAGACACCACAGUAUAAACACAAAAAAAGACAAAAUAGGUCAUUUAUUCAUAUGAUCUACCCUCAGUGGGUAGUGUCAUAUUUCUUUGGAGUCAAAGCCCGUUGCACACUGUGCACAUGAAUUUCACCACUGUCUUCAGUGUUACACCAACACUAAACUAACUUCUAGUGUCACUGACACCUCAUUUGUGUUCACCCAGCAUGAGGGAUUAAAGAAAAAAAAAAAAUCAAAUAACUAUUGAAACGAAUACAGAGCCGUGCGCCCGGUCAUUUGAUGUGUCCUGUGGUCCAUUCAAGUCAAUCAUUACCCACAGGUUACACAACACAAGUCAGUAUUUGGUCAGAUUUUUGCAACACUCCCUGACUGGUGAGCUGCCGUGCACAAAACAGGCUUCUGCAGGAAUCUACAGGCUUUAUAUCUCAUUUAGAACUUCACAGGUGAUCUCUGCUUAGACCCACUGAACAGUCCAUGGCCCGUGUUCUCACCCUUUGUCGGCCUUGGCCUUUUCUAGCCCUCGUUUGCAGAAGAAAACCCACAUUGUGCAAAAUGUCAAUGGACUCACGGGCACGCGGGAUGUUUGCAGCUGCAGUGGAAGCUGUGCAGCCUGAUACUGUGAUCCGACAGAGUAUAGAGCGCAAGGAGGACUCAGUUAUUAUCAGUGGUCAGAAAUUCACACUCAAGCACAACCUGCACUUGGUGGGCUUUGGAAAAGCUGUACUGGGUAUGGCUGCUGAGGCAGAGAGGAUUGUGGGAGAUCACUUGGUGAAAGGAAUAAUAAGCGUGCCAUAUGGGAUUCAGCAGACAUUACAGCAGCAUGGGAAAGACCAUCUGUUGUUGAAAGAAAACAGUCGCAUCAAAGUAAUGGAAGGAGCAAAACACAACUUGCCCGAUGCUGAUGCCCAGAAGGCAGCUGAAGGGAUCAGGCAGUUAGCCAGUGAGCUGACGGAGAAAGACCUGCUACUUGUAUUGAUUUCAGGUGGAGGCUCUGCACUAUUACCUGCGCCCAUCCCACCAAUCUCACUGCAGGAGAAACUUGAUGUUACCCGCAAACUUGCAGCUGCUGGUGCCACCAUUCAAGAGCUGAACACUGUGCGACGCGCCUUGUCUUUCUUAAAGGGUGGAGGACUUGCACAUUGUGCUCACCCUGCCCAGGUGAUUGCACUGAUAUUAUCUGAUGUAAUUGGGGACCCUUUGGACUUGAUUGCCAGUGGUCCCACAGUGUGGAGUGAGGUAUGGCCUGAAGAAGUUUUGUCAAUUCUUGAACGUUACAAGCUGUUGAACUGUCUUCCAGCCUCAGUAAAGGAAGUCCUUGGGAGACCUAGUCCACGGGAGAGUAAGGAUAAAUCUAAUUCAUCAGGGCACGUUCUCAACACUGUGAUUGGCUCCAACAGCCUUGCUCUCAGUUGUGCAGGUCGCCGGGCUCGAGAGCUAGGUUUCCGCCCUGUUGUGCUGUCACCAGGGGUUUGUGGUGACGUAAGGUCAGUCUCCAGACUUUAUGGCCUCCUGGCUCGCUUUGCUUGUUCUCAAGAUGAACCUCCUCCAGAGAUUGCUGCUGAGUUGCUAAAGCUGGGGCCUGAAGUAGGUGUGGAGAGCUGGGACCUCUGCCGUACUAUGCAGGUCUUGGAUGAAGGGCGUACAGAAGGAUGGGGUGCCACGUGCCUGUUAGCUGGAGGUGAGCCCACUGUGGAGCUGACAGGCAUGGGCCAAGGUGGUCGAAACCAGGAGCUGGCUCUGCGAGUGGGAAUGGAGCUGAGGGGCCUGGAGCACCUGCCUAAUGGUCCUGUCUUCCUGAGUGGUGGAACUGAUGGUCAGGAUGGACCCACUGAGGCAGCAGGAGCCAUCACUGAUGCAGGGUUGUAUGAAGAGGCCCAAGCACAGGGGCUGGACAUUGAAAACUUCCUUACCAACAAUGAUUCCUACACUUUUUUUACACGUCUUUCUGCUGGGCAGCACUUACUUGUGCCUGGUUUAACCUGCACUAAUGUGAUGGAUGUACAUAUGCUACUCAUACCACCAGUUCCAAUAAAAAUAAGAUAAUUCCAGACCACAUGAAAUAAAAUAAACAAAGUCCAGUGGAUCUGGAUAAGUAAAGUACUCCAUCUGACCUG